AUGCAGGGCUGGAAUCUGCUGAUCUUUAUUAUUGUGGCUGUCUCUGCAAACUGGACUAAACUCAACCUACCAACUGAACAUAUUCCUUACUUCUUUUACAACAACCCAGUUACCAAGGAGAAGUGUAAUGAAGAUUCUCAGUGUCCUUAUAAGACGGAGCUGACACAGGAAAAGUGUUGGGGCUAUGAGAAGGUUUGUGAGGAGAAAAACAGAAUGUUCAUGCCAAGCUGCCCAGGAAACAGCCGAGGAUGGGCUCAUGGGAAGGAAGAGCAGUUAGACUUGUUCUGGAAGGGAGCAGAUUUUGGCUAUAUCAAGGAGAGACGUGGAGAGCUAAAAGUUCUCUGUUCACCUGAUUCAGAGGAGGAUUCUUCAUUGGAGUGUGCCAAAUACACACGCUAUUGUAGGGCAAAAAAUCUUUACCUUGACUUCACCAAUGCCAAAUUGAAGGAGGGCAAUAACAGGUUUCGAGAAGAUGUUUUUACUGAAGGUCAAGUUGGAGGUCACUGUAAGUUGGAUAAGGAAGCCUUAAAAGCUGAAGGGGAACACAAAAGUGCUCUCCAGUCCUGGUUUGCUGAAUUAGAGACAUACACAUCUUUACCGUUCCGUCCAAUUGAGGACAAACAGUGUGAUAUAGUUAUCGACAAACCAACCUACCUCAUCAAACUAGAUGCUGGUACCAAUUUGUAUCACCACUUCUGUGAUUUUGUAAAUCUGUACGCCUCACAACACGUGAACAAUUCCUUCAGUACAGAUGUCUAUAUCGUCAUGUGGGACACGAGCCCGAUGUAUUACAAUGAUUUAUUUUCGGUGCCAUGGAAAAUGUUCUCUGACCACCCAAUCAUAUAUCUUAGGGAUUAUGAUGGCAAAAAGGUAUGCUUUAGAGAGGCAGUGUUUUCCUUGCUGGCUCGGAUGAGAUAUGGAAUGUACUACAAUAUGCCAUUGGUACCUGGUUGCCAUAGUAGCAGUUUUUUCAAGGCUUUUAAUCAACAACUUGUUCAUAGAAUUGGCCUUCAACAGCAGGGACCACUGAAAGAGAAGAUUCGAGUGACAUUACUCACAAGGAGUACAAAAUACAGAAAAAUUCUCAACCAAGACGAGCUUGUGGCUGCAAUGAAAACUGUUGGUGAAUUUGAAGUAAGAGCCGUAGAUUAUACUUGGAAUAUGAAUUUUAAAGAUCAGAUGCAGAUUUCCCACAACAGUGACAUAUUUAUCGGAAUACACGGUGCGGGACUUACCCACAUGUUGUUUCAGCCCGACUGGGGUGUUGUCAUGGAAUUGUAUAAUUGUGAAGAUGAAGGUUGCUACUUUGACCUUGCCCGACUUCGUGGUGUACACUACAUGACGUGGGAAAAGAAGGACAAACUUCAUCAGGAGGAUGAGGGACAUCACCCUACUUUAGGAGCUCAUGCUAAAUUCACAAACUAUGGCUUUAAUGUAGAAGAAUUUCUCCGACUGGUCUUCAAGGCAGCUGAACAUGUGCGUUCUCAUCCAGCAUUCAUCAAGGCUAAACAACAAAAAUAUGGUUUGACUAAAGAGCCUAAAACCGAGCUUUAG